AUGGACCCCGUUCUGCUGCCACUAAAUCUGGAUCCUAAUGUGGUCACCAGACAGGAAAGUUCUUCCUAUACCUCAGAUGACCUCAACAACUACUACUGCUGCUACAAGAAUUACAACUACACCAGGACUUACCGAGGGCCUAAUCAAAGGAGUGCCAUUCUUGGGAAUCAGUACCGGUGGGAUAUUCCCGUCCCCUAUAAGCUGAGUGUGGAUCUCAGUGUGAACUAUAAAGGAGUCAUUUUGAGAGCCUUCGAGCAGUUCAAACUGAAAUCAUGUAUUGACUUUAAGCCCAGAGCAGCAGAAGACAUUUCUUACAUCUCUGUGGAGAGUCGUGACGGGUGUUGGUCAUAUGUCGGUCGCACAUCUGCUAGAGGUCAGACUCUUUCCAUUGGAAAUGGCUGUGGAGUAAAAGCCAUCGUUGAGCAUGAGUUUCUCCAUGCACUGGGAUUUUGGCAUGAGCAGUCAAGAUAUGACAGAGAUGAUUAUGUGACCAUCAACUUCAAAAACAUCAUUACAGGUCGUGAGCACAAUUUCAAUAAAUACAUUGAGAACUUGACCACCACCCAAGGCACCCCAUAUGACUAUUACUCUGUGAUGCAUUAUGGUAAAAAUGCCUUCAGCAACGGUAAUGGAUCCACAAUCAUUACCAAGCGUCCUGAGUUCCAAGAUGUGAUUGGUCAACGCCUGGACUUGAGUGAAUAUGAUGUGAUUGAACUCAACAAACUCUAUAAAUGCAAUUCGUCCAUCUCUUUCCUUGAUCACUGUAGUUUUGAUGAUGAAUCUCUGUGUCAGAUGAGUGUCUGUUCUGCUGGUGAUUAUGGCUGGCAGAGAAUGAAGUCAGUGAGUGGCAUCAAUGUGACUGACCACACAUACUUGGGCAAAGAACAAAAUGGUGUGUCUUUCUUCAUGCACUUCAGCACUGAGGGCAGAAAUGAGGGGGAUACAGCCAGAAUUGAGAACAAGACGAUGACCCCUAAAAGAGACUGCAAAGUCCAGUGCCUGCCGUUCUACUACUAUCACAGUGGCCAUGAGUCUGACCAGCUAAACAUCUGGAUCCGAGAAUUUCAGAAUGAAGCAGACAGCAGAGGAACUCUCAGACUUAUGGAUCAGAUCACAGAACCCCCUGGCAAUUACUGGAAGCUGCAUCAUGUGCCACUGAAUGUAAUUAAAACCUUCCAAGUUGUGUUUGAAGCCCGUAAAGGAGCUGGAAACUCCAGUGGAGGAUUUUCACUGGAUGAUAUCAAUAUUUCAGAGACUGAGUGUCCCCACACAUGGCAGAUAAGGGACUUUGAAAAGGGAUAUUUGUCUUUGUGA